UCAAUAUGGCGGAUGAACCACAACAGUAUCUUAUCCAAAACACAUGCGAGGGUGUUGACGAAGAAAACCUCUCUGUUCCCAAACAACAGCAAACUUUCUAGAAAGAUUGCUUCUCAGUUCCUUGAGUAUGCGACUGGCAACUGCUUUCUUCUGUAGGCCAACUCCAAAAUUUAUAUUCGCUUGUGUUACGAGCUCGCUUCUGACUCUUCUCUUUGCUUGGUAUAAUUGUCGAAUACCUAGAGCUGCGUUGCCUGUACUGGCGCAAAGAGACGACAAUCUCGACCAACUCAAUCCAGAUCCUCAGAUUUACUGUGCGGAUCUAGUGUCCAAGGCUCUGCGAGAGCGAGAGGAUCAAGAAUAUGCCGAGGAGAAAGAACGAGAGCAAAAACUUCAAGCAAACUGCCCCAAAGGAAUACCAUUCCAACCUAUAGAUGUUAUCGUCAAUGGGGGUGAAACAAAAGUUGAAGGACGCCUAGAUUCUGAUUCUGACGAGCCGUACGUACCGUUUUCCUUCGUUAAGAACUACUUUGAGAUCUACGGAGAUGUGCAAAAGGUUGAUAACAAGAAGGUCUUGGAGUGGCGACACUCUUAUUCAGAAAUCCACGAAUCCAAACAUAAAUAUGACCCAAAAGGACCUUUCCUAUGGUUUCAGAGUUAUCACGUCGAAGGGAGACAGAGGGUCUUGUGUAUAAGUGGCCGAGAAGAGGUCCCGGUGUCGUCUCAAUGGAAUCCUAAGGGCCACUUCUAUCCUAUACAAAUAGCGCAGUAUGGUCUAUCUCAUUAUAGCAUGUUCCAAGUUGAGCGAAACUCAAGAGGAAAAGUCAGAGUUUUCGAGGACGGCGAAGCGGGACCCGAGUCAGAACAGAACUGGGUCGCAAACUCGCCGAACAAAGUCGAAAAUAUCUACGAUAAAGAGCGGAAUUCAAGAGUUAUAAAGUUUUUUACUUCAGAUUUACAUGGCGAGGGAGUGGUCCUGCACCUGGACAGUUCCACCAAGGAAUAUAUCCUGUCUUUCAAUCUGAAGCUAUUCGGUCCAGGGCGUGUCUCCGUGUCCAUAGAAACCAACAAUGCCGUCCAACAUGUCAUUCACUACACGAAUGAUAACAAAUUGAUAGACGUCGAAGGGAAUGACAUUUUCUUGGGUUUGGGAAGUCAAGAAGGUUGGCGAAAGAUAACUAGAAAUCUCGACACAGAUUUAAGAAAAGGUUUGCGCAUCAUUUAUGGUCUUUCCAAGAAACCCAAAACAACUUCAAAAUUAAUAGUGACGGACAUACAGAGUAUUAUUCUUCAUGGGAGUGGAAUGAUUGACAAUAUAACUCUAAGUCGUACAGCUAGAGUCGACUUCUUCAUGGCUGCAGCUGAUUGGCUCGUUCGUUACCAAGACGACAAAGGUGGCUGGCCCAUUUCGGUGAAGAGAAAGAUUCUUGAUGGUUUAGAAAUCAAACCCGGUUGGUACUCAGCCAUGGCGCAAGGCCAGGCCAUGUCGCUUUUAACCCGCGCGUAUUAUUUUACUAAAAACACAACUUACCUUAAAGCAGCUUUACGAGCCACUUCGCUCUAUCGUGUAGCCUCCGAAAAUGGCGGCGUUAGGGCCACAUUUAUGGACAAAUACCACUGGUAUGAGGAAUAUCCUACUACACCCUCUUUAUACGUUCUUAAUGGUUUUAUUUAUUCACUCAUUGGGCUACAUGAUUUGACGUUAGCAGCUCCGAAAGAUCAGCUAAAGGAUGCCUUGGAGCUGUUUAAUGAUGGGAUGAAGUCGCUGAAAAAGCUACUUCUUAUGUUCGACGCCGGUUUUGGGACGUUUUAUGAUCUUCGACACGUUUCUUUUCAAGCUGCUCCGAACUUAGCUCGUUGGGACUACCACACUUUACAUGUUAGUUUAUUGCAUUUUCUAAGUGGUAUUGACAAUGAUCCUUUAUUCAAAACGACUGCAGUAAGAUGGACUGGGUAUACCAAAGGAAAAAGAGCUAAGCAUAACUAGGAUAUUUAAUUUGAAAGCGCGCAUGCGCAGAAUCUCAUARUAUCAGGGCGAUGGUUAUAUUGGGAGUCGACUAGCCUUGCGUUUUCAGCACCGUUCGAGUCUCCAAGAGUUUGCGGUCUGACAUGGUUUAUUAAAAAACAAACAGGCAAUUUUUUCUCAAGGACCUUAAUGACCGGCUUUGAUGUACCACAAAACGAAAAAAAGAGAGGGAAAAAAGUUAACCAUUUCGGCAAAUUUCAAAAGUUGUCCAAGUGAAUAUUAGCAGAAACAUACUCCAUCUAGUUUCAUGGCCAAGGCUUCUGCAUUUAGUUGCGUUCGCAGCGACAAAUCUUUGCUACGGCUUAGGGACGGACCAUUAGAUUUUUGAGGGUGGGGGUUGGGCAAAAACCCAAAGAAAUGUCAAGCACAGCUCUAAAGAGUGAAAAAAUAAUCGUGCAUAAGAAAAGCGCUAGAAAAAAAUUUCAAAAAAAAAAAAAAAAUCCUGCACAAAAUAAAUUGCCCAACCCCCCCCCUUUCCUCCCUCAAAAAUCUAAUGGUCCGUCCCUUAGUCAAGCGUCUCUGUAUCGAUCUACUCGGAUAUCCUCGAGUUUGUCUUGCUUCCGUGUCAAGCGCGAAAUCGUAUAACUUGCAAUCAUGAAAAAAUAGGGUUUUGGUGGACGUU